AUGGCCUCCGCGACGAAGAACGACGCUACUUCGCCAUGGAAGAUUGCAGCGGUGGUAUCGUUCUACAUGUGCGCCGCGCUUGUGAUGGUCUUCGUCAACAAAGCGGUGCUGAACUCGUCGCCAGAGCUGCCCCUGCUCUUCCUCUUCAUCCAGCUCGACAUUGCGGUCGUGCUCUUGCAUGCGGCCGCUCUGCUAACCUCGCGCGUGGAGAUACCCAAAUUUGACCUCAAGACCGCGCAAAAGCUCACCCCGGUCACGCUCGUCAACGUCAUCGGUCUCGUCUUCAACAUCCUGUGCCUCCGUGGCGUCGCUGCAUCCUUCUUCCAGAUUGCACGCGGGCUUGUCUUGCCGCUCACCAUUGCAAUCUCAUCAGCACAAGUCCGCUCGGUGCCCUCAUGGCGCGUCAUGGGCGCGGCUCUCGCUGUCACGCUCGGCUUCUUCCUCGGGGUUGCACCUGGCGCGCUCUCGACGCUUCUCCCAGACACGAGCAAGCUCGGGAUCGUCUACGGCGUGCUGUCCUCGCUAUUCAUUGCCGUGCACUCGGUGCUGAUCAAGGCGUCCCUCCCCUAUGCAAACAACAGCACUAUCCAACUUGCGUACUGGCAGAAUCUGGGCUCGGCGCUCUUCCUGGCGCCUGUGAUCCUCCUGCAGGGCGAGACGACCCGGUUCCAGCAGCUGACGCGCCUGCCUGAGUGGAACGGGCAUGUCUUCGCGAUCGGAAGCAUCGUGACUGGCGUCUUUGGGUUCCUCCUAUGCGUGGCGGGCCUGCUGAGCAUCAAAGUGACCAGCCCGGUCACGCAUAUGUUCUCCAGCGCCGCACGCUCCGUCAUCCAAACCCUACUCGGCGUCUGGCUCUUUGGUGACAUAUUGACGACAAACCGCGCGGCGUCGAUUUUCGUUAUCACCCUCGGGACCGUCUAUUACACCUGGGCCAAGACUGUCGAGUCCGCGCCUCGCCCGAGCCAGGGAGAUCGUGACGCCGAGGCGCGCGCCGGUCUCAUGGCUCAGGAGGAAGGUUCGGACGACGAGACUAGACUCGAGGAAAUUAUCCCAGCGUCAGGAGAGAAAAACGAGAAGGGGAGGGUUUAGCCGCAACGGCGAAGGCGGGGUCCAAUUGAACGAUUUUGGCGAACGACGAGCGACGGACCUCAACGCGUGACGAUUGGUUAUUGGUGAUGGUGAACUCUCGAACCGUGCGUAUCGGACAGUACUUUGUAUACAUAGAAGCUUGUGUGCGACAAGUGUAGGACUGGCGCGCCCUGAUUUUGCGCUCGCGA